UAUGCAUAACAUAUGACUUAUUAUCAUAAUAAUUGUACUAUAGCAUGGUUAUAACAAAUAUCCUUAUUUUCAGAUUUUACUUUCAAGUAAGAUGAUGACUUUAUAAUAAAUCUUUAAAAUCAGUCUUUUUGUAGUAUAAAUUUAGAUUCAUCUGGCUAAUUGGAAUUUUUCUAGGUGGUACAUUCAGUAUUUGUUAAAAGUCUUUGCAUAGGCUCUUUUCCCAGCCACAUACUGUUUUCCUUUUAGUAUCCAAUUAUCUAAACAUAAGAGGAUUUGGUACCGCCCAAUGGGGGUGUGUGCGCUGCUUUGAUCCUAUAGUUGAGAUCCAGAGAAUUGGAGUGACAUCAUCUGUAACAAUAAAAAUGCUUCUCUUGAUGAAUAGAAGACCUAUAUAUACUAGUCAAAUUUAAGAGUCUGCAGUCCAAUUCAUCAGCUUUCUCUACUUUAUUCAGUCAACAUCAGCUACUAAUAUACCUGAAAGAAGAUCUUGUUCUAAGAUCCUGUAUGGAUGGUACCUGCAAAAGUCAUGGCUAAAGUAACGAUUGUCAUGUUGGCAAUUUGUUUUCUUACAAAAUCAGAUGGGAAACCUGUCAAGAAGAGAUCUGUGAGUGAAAUACAGUUUAUGCACAACCUGGGCAAACAUCUGAACUCAGUGGAGAGAGUGGAAUGGCUGCGUAAGAAACUGCAGGAUGUGCACAAUUUUAUUGCCCUUGGAGCUGCUCUGGCUUCCAGAGAUGGUGCUUUCCAGAGGCCUCGAAAAAAGGAAGACAACGGGCUGGUUGACAGCCCUCAAAAAAGUCUUGGAGAGGCAGACAAAGCUGAUGUGGAUGUGUUAAUUAAAACUAAAUCCCAAUGAAAACAGGUACAGUCAGGGCACGGUAUAGGGCAAUAAUAUUACAUGCUGCUAAUCUUUCAAAGCUCUAUUAAGAUUACCAAGUGCCAAUAUUCCUAACAUUAUCAAAAUACACAUAAUCAAUUUUUAGCUAUGAUAGCUGAAAGUUUUAAUUGAUUAUUUUGAUUUCACUGUAUUCACUUAAGAGCUCUUUGAAUUGUCCUAUUUCUGUUGUUUAUUCUUUUUAAAGUAUGUGGUCGCAUAACUUAUAAAAGAAUAAAGUUGCACUUUUA